AUGGGCAACUAUUUUUCCCGCAACAAAGAGCUUGUCAUCAACCCAUACGUCGGCAGCGGUCGGGGCGAUGAAUUCCGCGAGAUCCGCACAAACGCAGCUGUGUUGUCAAUUCAAGCAUGGGAGGACACCAUGCCCGGUGGCCAUUGUGGCGUAAAGGCACUCGAGGUACAAUGGAGCGACGGACACACGGUUUCACAUGGCAAGGCGUUGGAUGUGGUUUUCAUGGUUCCUGCAGUAAACCUGUCGACAUUGAGAAACUGA